AUGAAAAUGUCUUACGUUGGAGUAUUAACUGUAUUAUAUUAUAUUGUACUAUCUAUAGAGUUAUAUGGUGAAAUAGUUCAAAACUUUUCGAUUAUUUGGGCGGUUAAACCAUUAUUAAUGCCUCUUUUAUUAAUAUUAUUUUUAUUAAAUUCACAGAAAAAUUUGUUAAUUGAACGAAUUUGUUUAAUAGUAUCACUUGCUCUUUCAUGUAUUGGUGAUAUUUUAUUUAUAAAAGAUCGAAAAGAUUUGUUUCUCUAUGGUAUAUCUGUAUAUUUAAUUGUUCAUAUUUGUUAUAUUCUAUCAUUUAUUGUUCUAAUUAAACAAGAAGGAAAGUUAUUACAACAACGUUUAACUUUUUCAUCAAUGAUAAUACCAUUAGUUCCAUUUUUUAUUUAUCUUAUUUAUUUUUUAAGUAUUCUUUAUCCAAAAUUGAAUAACAAUUCCGAAGAAACAAAAGAUUUACUUUUUCCAAUACUUAUUUAUGGUUUUAUCAUCGUUGGUAUGGGUUAUAUAUCCUAUUUACGUGGACGAAAAAUACCGGGAUUUUGGUCUGUUUUUCUUGGAGCUUUGUUUUUUAUUUUAUCUGAUUCUAUAUUAGCUUUUAAUAAAUUUGUUUCACACAUACCUGUACCAAGUUUAUCAAUUAUGUUUACAUACGGUAUCGGACAAUAUUUAAUUACAAUAGGUACUUUACAAGUUACACAAAAAUAUUCAAAGAAUAUUUAA